AUGUUCGCACAAUCACCGGCUGUGAUACUGUCGUUCGGGAUGUUCAUCAACACAACAUCAUCUUGCAGCUGUGCUCGCAAAAGAGUCCGGUGUAUAGCAGCAGUUAAGGAGUCAGAGACGAAGGGGAUGCACAAAGGAAUUCUACCUCCACGUGGGAUCUCACUUUGUUGUUCGUACAUAAAACUCACUCGAGAACAAUCAAAAGAUGGUUGGCUGCCUUAUUUGAAUGCUCAAAUAAAACUACACAAUGGCAUUGCAAGUGUGAAAUGGUAUCGCAAGGAAAGCUCGAAAAACAUACUGAUAAACGCAAAGUCAGCUCAUCCUAAUGGCAUGAAAAAGGCAAUUAUCCGAAAUAUGGUCAAAACAGCAACAGCAAUGUGCACAGGGGAUAGAGAACGGGAGGAAUCACUAAAACUAGCCACAAACAUAGCUAGUUCAAACUGUUACUCGAGAUUGAAAUCUAACACCCAAUCUCGAACUACGAACAACACAGUGAGGAUCCCACGUGAAGGUAGAAUUCCUUUGUGCAUCCCCUUCGUCUCUGAUUCCUUAACUGCUGCUAUACACAGGACUUUUUUGCGAGCACAGCUGCAAGAUGAUGUUGUGUUGGUGAACAUCCCGAACGACAGCAUCAAACGACAGUUAGUUCGCAAUAGAUUCUACGAUAGGCAAUGCGUGUCAGAAUGUUGUGUGGUUUGUCCAUUCGGUAAGGCCGGUGACUGCGCGAACAUCGGAGUUAGACAGACGGCGCCAGACACCUAUAGAAGGAGGGAUGGCGCGCUGGCGCCAGAUAGCUAUAAUAUGGGGUGCGACGGGUCCACCGGCGUCGGAUUGGUGCGCCGGCUCCAGUUACCUAUAGAGUCGGGUGCAACGGGUCCAGGACGAAUGAAAUGGUGCGCAAUAACUUCGUGUGCAUGA